AUGACUGAUCUAUUAGAUAGUUAUUCGGCAACAACUGCUGUCACUGAUACUAUAAAUGCCAAUAAGAAUGUCGAUAAGGUAAAUGUUUUAGAUUAUUAUGUUGAUGAUAUUAACCAGAACAGCAUUACAAACUCCAGUAGUCAUACGAAAAUGAAUGGAUCCGAUUCAUUGAUUGUAUCAAACUCUAACAAGUCACAGACGCAUACUAGCGUCGUCGAUACCCCAGGCAUGGUUUUGUUAAAUAUUAAUAGUCCCGAAUUGAAUAUAGAGGAUAGUGAUGUGAUCAGUUACCAACACAUGAAGAAUAAUAAUGAAAACACUCCUAAAUACAGUAAUUGUAUUCCAAUAAAAAUAGUCACGCUAGGUGACUCUAGUGUAGGGAAGACCUCUUUACUUUUAACAUAUAUCCAAAAUAAUGGUAAUGAAAAGAAUUCCACUGAUGAGAAUAAGAUACCGAAGGUCUUGGACGAAUACAGACAUUAUGUUGAAGGACCUUAUAAUAAACAAAUCGAGUUUUCAUUAUGGGAUGUUUCGGCAGAUAAGAAAGACGAAAACUAUAGACCAUUUGCAUAUGACGAGGCAGAUAUUAUUUUCAUAUGUUAUUCGAUCGAUAAUCCAUCUUCAUUAAUAAAUGCUGAAAAUAUUUGGGUUCCUGAAGUAAAACAUUUUACUACGGGAAUUCCUAUAAUAUUAGUGGGUUUGAAAAGAGACUUAUAUUUUGAUGACACAUUAGAUUUAGAAGAUAAUUUGAUACUGAGCAAAGAAGCAGAAGAAGUCUACAAGAAUUUAAAAUUAAAUGGGCAUAUACAAGUUUCGUCCAAAACAAAUUAUAAAGUCAACGAGUUGUUUUCUUCAACUAUUAAUAUGCUUAUUAACAAAAAGUUAGCCGAAACUCAAGGAGCAUCUGAUUUCAUGAAGAAUAUCAUUCCCACAAAGAAGAAAAUAAACAUCAAUCAUCUAAUACCAAUACCAAAACUAAGAAUAAAAAAAAGAGAUCAAAAUGUUCUAUAUUAUAAGGAACUCAUGUUGCAGCUUUAA